AUGCACACAACCAUCCUCCCCCCUCCAACCCUCGCCCUGCUAUCCUCCAACCCUCGCCCUCCUAUCCUCCAAUCCUCGCCCCCCUAUCCUCCAACCCUCGCCCCGCUAUCCUCCAACCCUCGCCCCGCUAUCCUCCAACCCUCGCCCCGCUAUCCUCCAACCCUCGCCCCUCCAUCCUCCAACCCUCGCCCCGCUAUCCUCCAACCCUCGCCCCGCUAUCCUCCAACCCUCGCCCCGCUAUCCUCCAAUCCUCGCCCUCCUAUCCUCCAAACUUCGCCCCUCCUAUCCUCCAAUCCUCGCCCUCCUAUCCUCCAACCCUCGCCCCGCUAUCCUCCAACCCUCGCCCCGCUAUCCUCCAACCCUCGCCCCGCUAUCCUCCAACCCUCGCCCCUCCUAUCCUCCAACCCUCGCCCCUCCUAUCCUCCAACCCUCGCCCCUCCUAUCCUCCAACCCUCGCCCCCCUAUCCUCCAACCCUCGCCCCGCUAUCCUCCAACCCUCGCCCCGCUAUCCUCCAACCCUCGCCCCGCUAUCCUCCAACCCUCGCCCCGCUAUCCUCCAACCCUCGCCCCGCUAUCCUCCAACCCUCGCCCCCCUAUCCUCGCCCUCCUAUCCUCCAAUCCUCGCCCUCCUAUCCUCCAAUCCUCGCCCUCCUAUCCUCCAAUCCUCGCCCUCCUAUCCUCCAACCCUCGCCCUCCUAUCCACCAACCCUCGCCCUCCUAUCCUCCAACCCUCGCCCUCCUAUCCUCCAAUCCUCGCCCUCCUAUCCACCAACCCUCGCCCUCCUAUCCACCAACCCUCGCCCUCCUAUCCACCAACCCUCGCCCUCCUAUCCUCCAACCCUCGUCCUCCUAUCCACCAACCCUCGCCCUCCUAUCCACCAACCCUCGCCCUCCUAUCCACCAACCCUCGCCCUCCUAUCCACCAACCCUCGCCCUCCUAUCCUCCUAUCCCUCCCUCCUAUCCUCCAACCCUCGCCCUCCUAUCCACCAACCCUCGCCCUCCUAUCCUCCAAUCCUCGCCCUCCUAUCCACCAACCCUCGCCCUCCUAUCCACCAACCCUCGCCCUCCUAUCCUUCUAUCCCUCCCUCCUAUCCUCCAAUCCUCGCCCUGCUAUCCUCCAAUCCUCGCCCUGCUAUCCUCCAAUCCUCGCCCUGCUAUCCUCCAAUCCUCGCCCUGCUAUCCUCCAAUCCUCGCCCUGCUAUCCUCCAAUCCUCGCCCUGCUAUCCUCCAAUCCUCGACCGUCCUAUCCUUCUAUCCUCCUAUCCUUCUAUCCUCCUAUCCUUCUAUCCUCCACCCUUCUAUCCUCCACCCUUCUAUCCUCCACCCUUCUAUCCUCCACCCUUCUAUCCUCCACCCUUCUAUCCUCCACCCUUCUAACCUCCACCCUUCUAACCUCCACCCUUCUAACCUCCUCCUCCUCCUCCUAA